AGCAUUUCUGGCGGCAACAACCACGAUGACGAUGGAGGACGUGCCGCUGAACCUGUUUCGCCUUCUUUCGGAGAAGCUCGGGGUUCCCACGAUCGCGGCAGCGUUCAUCUCCAGCUUUGCCUUGUCCUCUCUCCUGUCCAUGGCAUCGGGUGUCAUCUCGCGCAACCUCUCCAAGACAUACAACCGGCUGAACCCACUGGAUCAGCAGAAAUGGAACGCAGGCAUCAACCGGGCCAUCCUGGGCACACUGCUCAGCUUCAUGGGCUUUCGCGUGCUGCUUGAAGGCGUUCCUGAAGAAGGCGGAGCCGUUUAUGGGGCAACUGAUCUCCUCACUCACACGGCAUCGUUUGCGCUCGGAUUCUUCAUCUUCGAGACACGCGACUCCCUCAACAUGUAUCUGGCACACAACGUCAAGGGGGAGACGUUGAUUGUGCAUCACAUGCUGGGCAUUGUUCUCUACUUCCUCACCCUCUCCACGCGCUCCUAUCUCUACGUCGCCUGCGUCGUCCUCAUCGAGGAGCUGCACUCGCCUUUCACGCACAUUGGGUGGAUGCUUGCCAAGCAAGGCCGUGAUAAGGACCUCAUAUGGGACAUCAACCAGUAUAUAUUGAUUGGGGUGUGGUUUGUGUUUCGCGAAGGUUGCGACCUCUACGUCUGGCUCCACAUCCUCAGCAAUCUCCCUUAUGGGUUCCUGGGUGGCCCUUUUCUCCCGCUGGCGUUCAUCUGUUGCGGUCUUGUUAUCCUCACCAUGUACCUCAACCCGUGGUGGUUUCGACUCAAGCUUCAACAGAUUGCAAAGCGAAACCUCAAGUACGCGCGACUGCGGAGGCGAGCAGACAGCCAGCGCCGCACAUCUCCACAGCGGCCACCAUCGCCAUCGCCAUCAUCAUCGUCGUCGUCUGGUGGCGUGCGGCAGCGGAGGCGUGGCGCUUCCCAGGGAACACGAGGCAGUCAUGCUCGCAGUGGCAAUGGUGGUCAUGGUGGUGAUGGUGGCAGCUCGUUGGGCAAUGGCACCGCCACAACCACAGCGGCCACCGCCACCACCAACAAUGCAAGCAGCAGCAGCAGCAGCAGCAGCAGCAGCAGCAGCAGCAGCAGGAGAAGCGGUGGUGAGGCUGCUUUACGUGGAGGAGAGAGCGGGGGGUUGAUGGGUGAACACGACAUGCUAGUCGCAACAACACCAGCAACAACAACACCAGCAGCAGCAACAGCAGCAGUGGUACACACAGCAACGGAAGAGACGCAUGUCAGGGGCACACAAGCGGGGGGCACUGUUGGCCCUAGAAAUGGUGGUGUGCACAUGCAGCCGCCACCAUCACCACCACCCUCGUCAUCAUCGUCAUCAUCAUCAUCGCCACCACAGCAUGCACGUGGGGUGGGCGUGGCAAAGACACCACCGCGUGGGCGUGCGGAGACAUCACGCCCCACGGCAGAUGCUGCGGUUGAAGGAGAAACCAAAGCCCAAGUCACUGCAAGGACAGCUGAUGAGAAGACAGGCGUGCCUGCAAGCACGACACCGGUAUCAGAUGCAGCUGCGACAUCCCGAGCGAGGGAGGAGGAGGCGGUGGUGUCAGUGGCAGUGGCGGGCGAAUGCUGACACGUUGGAGUUGGAACGAGAAUCCUUGCGAGAGAAAAUGGCGAACGCGUGUGUGUAAGUAUGUGGAAAUGUGUGAUGCGUGCGACAGUGUGCGUGCAUGGAUGCGUAGGAGAGCCUGCAUGCACAUGCCAGUGUUGAGAGAGAGAGAGAGAGAGAGAGAGA